UGACGUGAUUGGUCGCCGUGUCCCCAAUGUCUCGCGUUCCGAAUUUAAAAUAGUCGCGAUCGACUUCACUGUGUGACAAGCGAUGUGUUUUGUUUAUUAGUUUUUGUUUCUCAAUUAAACUGAAUUGAAGAGACUAUUCCAUUAAACUAUGAUUGACUUGAGUAAUUGAUGUUCCUGAUUAUUAUAAACUAACAAAAACAGCUAGUGCGUUAAUCUCCCGUCUAAUGACGUCCGACCGUCGUAACCUUUAACAACUGCUCGAUAACAUACAUCCAACGGGAAAAUGGAAUUAAUAUUAUCAAGUACGACUCCUGACUCACAAAUGUUUUGUGUACACAAUGAUGUAAAUAAAGCGAUCCUAAGAAAUUCGACGACAUUAUGAAAAUCAAGCAUUAUCCAGGAAAAGCGGUCAUGGAGGACCCGUGGCUGUCCAUUACGGACAGGACUAUGGACCUUGUGUACGCGGCGAACUGGGUCGGUGCAAAGAAUCUCAGCUCUUACAAUGAAAACGACGACCAUUCAAACAGUGUUAAAUUCAAUUCAAUAUCGAGAAGCAAAUCGUGCAGAGACGUUGGUCGUACUAGCGACAAAGAUUACGAUAGCAAAACAUAUUCAUUGGAAGAUAAUGAAUAUAGUUACUCUAAUGAUGUUCCUAACGAAAAUAUAUCUCAAUUAGCUAAAUAUCAACAAAACAUAGAGGAAAAAGCGAGAGCAAAUAAUAAUCUUCUCGCACAGAAUAAAUUGAAACAUAGUUAUAGUUUUAAAGAUAUGCCAAAUGGAUAUAGACCAUCUACAUUAAGAAGAGUUAAACGUAGAAAUUUUACUGAAUGGGAUAUCGAAUCUUUCGGUUCGAAUAGCAAACAGCCCCCUGUGCCGCCGCAACGUAAGGAUUCGUUAAAGUAUGCACACCGGCAAAGAAAAGCUGACUCUAAAAAAAGUUAUUAUCCGUUACCUGAUCCUGGAGCGGUACCACCUGACCCCUCGUCUGAAUCAUAUUAUGAGUACUAUUCCAGAGUAAGUCAGCAAAAUAAUGACACAGACAGUGAUAAGAUAAAACAGAUGCAGAAGGACACCAAAAAAGAUAAAAAUACUCACAGCGAGCCAAUAAAACAAAAUGGAAAUACUAUGUAUCAGUUAAUCAACUCUAUGGCCACUUUGGACUUGAGUCCAAUAAAGUCCAGGAACGGAAAACAGAACCUCGAUUUAGAUUGCGAAGCGGAAGAUUUGGGUUUGUACAUGCAGCCUAUUAACCAGUCGCUAUCAACAUGCGAUCAACUUCCUAAGCACAUAACGCAACCGGCGAACGAACGAAACGGACGCAUUGAAGAUAAUAAGCCUAGCUUUCGUUCUAAAUCUUUGAGAGUAAAAAGCGAAGGAAGAGCGCCCCUCAGAGCUUAUCUCGAUGCGGUGCAGCCUGACGAGAGUUAUAAUGGAGUCACUGUCACUCAACCGAAAAGAAAUCUGUCACCGAGCGAACAGCUGACGUUAAUGCAGUACGAAAUGUUCAACGGAAGCCAAAAUAAACCCGCCCCGCCGAUUACUAAUGGGUUACACUCUACUGAUCUGAGUAAAGAAAGUGACCAUCGGACUAUAAACAGUGUUGCAAAACAAAUCAAACGUGAUAAGUAUGGAAAGCUAUACAAUACAGUGAGAGUGAAAAGUGAUGAUAGGUAUGAAAGGUACAAUGACAUUAUGUCGUUUGGGACACAAAAAGAUCGUAUUAGUGAAGAACGUGUUCCAAAUGUUAAUGGUGUGUUUUCUAGAAGUGCAAAAAGCUCAUCUAGUGGUUCGGACUCUGAUUUCUCGAUACCUAGGCCUAAGUUAAUAGUGCCUGUGCAUACUUACGGCACGAGAAAGAGGAGGACGGGUAAUCUCUGCCAGCGUGACAGUACUGCUACUGAAUCAUCAUUGGAUGCGGGAAUAUUGUUGGACGUAUCACGAUUAGAUCCUAACAAUAAGUCCGUUGAGAAAUACUCCCGAAAUGGAGACUCAGAGGGACGCGUGGAAGUAUCGCGAGAGAACAAAUACCUCAGCACGAUGGCUCCAGGCAAAGUCUUCGGCGAGCUGGCCAUCCUCUACAACUGCAAACGCACUGCCACCAUCAAGGCGGCCACGGACUGUCGACUAUGGGCCAUCGAGCGCCAGUGCUUCCAGACCAUUAUGAUGCGUACUGGGCUCAUACGCCAGGCUGAAUACACCGACUUCCUUAAGAGCGUUCCGAUCUUCAAAGAUUUGUCUGAAGACACGCUGAUCAAAAUCUCCGAUGUUUUGGAGGAAACUCAUUACCAGAAUGGCGAUUACAUCAUCAGGCAGGGUGCCCGUGGUGAUACCUUCUUCAUCAUAUCUAAAGGACAGGUGAAAGUGACUCAGAAACCACCAAACAGUAAUGAUGAGAAAUUCAUAAGAACUCUCACGAAAGGCGAUUUCUUCGGCGAGAAGGCAUUGCAAGGAGACGAUCUUCGAACGGCUAACAUUAUCUGCGACUCGCCAGAGGGCACGACUUGCCUCGUCAUCGACAGGGAGACCUUCAACCAACUCAUCUCCGCUCUCGACGAGAUCCGAACCAAAUACAAGGAUGAAGGAGACAGCAGGCAGCGAUUAAACGAGGAAUUCGCCAACUUACGUCUCUCAGAUCUGCGCAUCAUCGCGACGUUGGGUAUUGGUGGCUUCGGUCGAGUGGAACUGGUACAGAUCCAGAGCGACUCCAGCAGGUCUUUUGCCUUGAAGCAGAUGAAGAAAGCCCAGAUCGUUGAAACCAGGCAGCAACAGCACAUCAUGUCAGAAAAGGAGAUAAUGUCAGAAAUGAACUGCGAGUUCAUUGUCAAGUUGUAUAAGACGUUCAAGGAUCGUAAAUACUUGUAUAUGCUGAUGGAAACUUGCCUUGGAGGAGAGUUGUGGACUAUUUUAAGAGAUAGAGGCCAAUUUGAUGAUGCCACUACGAGAUUCUACACAGCUUGUGUGGUUGAAGCCUUCCAUUACCUCCAUUCGCGGAAUAUUAUUUACAGGGAUCUCAAACCAGAGAAUUUACUAUUAGACUCUAAAGGCUACGUGAAACUAGUUGACUUCGGUUUCUCAAAGAAGCUACAAGCGAGCCGCAAGACUUGGACCUUCUGUGGUACCCCGGAGUACGUAGCUCCUGAAGUUAUCAUGAACCGAGGUCAUGAUAUCAGUGCCGACUACUGGUCUUUAGGUGUCCUCAUGUUCGAAUUACUAACCGGUUCCCCGCCUUUCACGGGCACCGACCCAAUGAAGACCUACAACAAGAUCCUCAAGGGUAUAGACGCUGUGGAGUUCCCUCGCUGCAUCACCAGGAACGCAGCCAACCUCAUCAAGAAACUGUGCAGGGACAACCCUGCUGAACGACUUGGGUACCAGAGAGGUGGUAUCACGGAGAUACAGAAACACAAAUGGUUCGACGGUUUCAACUGGGAGGGCUUGGCCCAACGUUCACUGGAGCCCCCGAUCACCCCAGUGGUCAAAUCCCCGGUCGACACACACAACUUCGACCAAUACCCGCCCGAUGCCGACGAACCGCCACCAGACGACCUCUCCGGAUGGGACAGUAACUUCUAAAAUAUAAGAAUAAAUUUAUAAGAGAAAAUGUCUACUAUCAAUCGUAAAUAUCAGAUUUGUAAAAUAAUCUGUAUGGUUUUUAUCACUAAUAUGUUAAUACUGAAACGUCCUAACGCCAUUUUUCUUGCUAGCAUUGUUACCUAAUUAUUUUGAAGCAAAAUUUUGUAUCACAAUAAUAAUGUCGUCUUUUGUUUUUAUCGAAUUAAACUAUGGAAAUUAAGGAAGAAUUCAAAAUUCAGUAUCAAUGGCGUUUUAGUUUACCAUCACAUUUAAAAAGUUUAUACAUUAAACGUCCUAACCUACAUACGUUAAAUUCAUCUAAGAACGUAACCGUAAAAUGACUUAAUAAAAUAAUAGAAUAGAUAGACGAUAAUAUGGCGUACCUAAAGUCAGGUAAAAUAUUUUCUCAAACCGCAGUUGAAAGUUAAAAAUGCCAUUAAUUAGUUAUUAACUCUUGCCGGUUGAUUGUCAACUGAUAGUGAUAACAGAGUUCAUUAUUAUGAAACUUCUAAAACAAGUUUUAUAAAAACGCUCUGAAUAGCACUAUGCAUUGUAAAUAGAAUAAAUUAUAUCUAAUCUUUAUUAAAGUCUCAACUAUUAUAUGAAUAAUAAUUAUUUUCACUUUUUAGUAAAUCGUUGCUUAAUACUUUCAUUUCAAUUGUGCAAUAUCAGUUCGGUUCUGUCACUUUUUUGUACUUAUUUUUAACUGUUUGAAUGUCGAUGAACAAAGAAUAUUCUGCCUCUUUGGUUAGAUAUAGAAACUUAUUUCUGCCCUCAAGCGUACGUACGUGAAAGGGAAGACAAUUGAAAAGAAAAAGAAUUUAUAAAUAUUUAAUUAAAUAUUAUUAAUUCUAAUUCAUAUUGUAACCCUUUGUCAAGGAUGAAUCAAUGUAUUGUUGACUACGUAGUGCCAAUCUAUCAUGUAUUUGUAUUUAUGUAUUUCUAACAGUUCGCCAAAAUAUAUCUAUGUAGAUUUCGUAAAGGUGACUGCAAUGCCAAAAUAUUGUGUUACCAGAAUUACUCGUAAUAUCAACGAUAAUUUGCUGUCUCUUGAUCAUUUACAAAAUAUAUUUUUCUUAUAAAAUUAACGGUAGCAUAGAUAUUCUAAAUUCUUCCCUAUUCGUGAUAUUUCUCAUAUACAUUUUGUUAAUUGGUUAACUUGUAUUUGUCUUAUAAAAUACUUCAUACGUCAACUAUUUCUUCAAACUUUAGUUGUGAUGUUCUGGAUAAUAUCAAUAAUUAUUAUAUCAACAUCUUAAGAAUGCUUUAUGGGUUUCGGUAUUUUUGGUAUUGUAUUUGAGAAUGGAAUGUAUCGUUAACAAUGUAAUUUUAUGUGAAUUUUAGCAAAAUGUGUAGAACAUUUGAACAAUUGAAAACUUACCUAUACCUACAUAAUUUUUUGAUUCUCUGAAUAGUUACCUAAUUAAGUGACAUUUAUAUGUAAACCGAAAUAUAUUAUUAUGUAAAUGUUAAUUAUGAAUUGUAUUUAUUAAGUGUAAUUGUAAAAAUAAAUGUAUUCAACAGUCCACUAAUAGUUACUUUACUGUUUAGUUUGUCAUGUACUAAACCACGGCUUGUUUGGUAGCUAUCUCUAAACAUGACAUAAUUUAAGACUUAUCAUUAAAUUCAUUUAUAAUAGUCAAUUUAUAUUUAAGUUUUCCAUAUAUAGACGAGUAAACGUCACUGUAAAUAUUCUUGUAGUGAAUUUAAACGUAAUAAUUAUUCAUCUGUGUAAGAAUGAAUAACAUUUUUGGGUGAUGCAAUUGAAGCUAUGUAAUUAAAUUUUAAAAUAUUUUUUUAAAAAUUGUUACGAUAAGAAUGCUUAUUUUUGUAAUCCAUAGGAUUUAAACAAUUAAUUAAAUAGAUAUUUUAUUGAUUUUUGAAACUGUAAAAAUACAUUAUUUCUACUGAA